UGUUGCGUUUAUAUUUUUGUUGAGUGUAGCUUUAAGGCACAUUUUGAUUUUCAGUGCCUCGACAUUUUUGUAGUUUUGAGAAUUCUAACCAGUUUGCUUAAUACAAGACAAUUUGGCUAGAUUUUGGACUAUUUAUCUUAUUUUGAGGGGGACAGUUUUUGCAGUGUGACAUUCCCAAAGGAGCUGUUUGUUUAACACAGUUAUUUAUAUGACACGUAAGGAUCUCCCAAAGAAAUUAAUUAGCAAAGACAUAUAGUCAAUGCACUAGCUCAUUCGUUGAGUUCAAGUCAGUCAUACUUAAGCCUUGUUUCCACCGAGCAGUUCAGGUCGGUAUGGCAUGGCCCAGAAUGCUAUUUUGUGUGUUUCCACAUUCAGAUUUAGGGACGGGUACCAAAAUAACAGACCCAUACCGUACCACGUUUUGGCACCCUUUGAUUGGGGUACCAAAGUAAUAGAACGAUAACAAAAGGGAGAAGCUAACCCACUGCUGUUGCUACUGGCUCAUCGCAACAUAGGAAUGCGUCAGCACCCUCCAGUAGUUUACGCACUAUACAGAAUCCUGUCGAAAAUAAUAUGCAGCAUUUUAAAUAUCCACACAACCACCAAGCCUGGUCAAACAAGGAGAUCAUUGCAGAGGCACAACAAUAUGACGUCACGCUGCUGUCUACCAUGCACCACAUACCAAACAAAGGGUACUGCUGGUGUAGAGGAAAUGCUUCAUAUGUUUAAGUUAUCGACACUACCAACACAACUGGCAGUUGAAAUGCAAGUUAAGUCGUGCUUAAUCAUUCUGAACAAUACCAUGUCGUACUGAACGGGACCACUUAUAUCUAUUAAAUCUAGUAGCAUAAGGACCCUAAAGACUAGGACCUUAUUAUCACUAUAUUAUUUCUGUUCAUGCACAAAAACAGGAAAUUUCAAAAUACUCAAUGGAGAUGUAGUUAGAAUCCAUUUAAGUCUUAGUGCAGAGGUUCGAUGAUUCUUGGAAGUGUCCAGAGGAGUGUUGGGGAUCACAGAUACUCAGGACCUUGUCGCUAAAUGUUCACAGUCUGUUUUGGGAGAUGGCUACAACAGUGGAAAUAAGUCUUUGAAACUUUUUUGUGUUGUCCUGCUUAUGAAUAUAUAUUAUGGUAUGUUUUCUCAAUAAAAAUCAGUCAAUCAUAUCAACCAGACCAUUGUCUGUACACCACAGACUCUGGGACAGGGUGGUAAAGGUCCAAUAGAUACUGAGGAUUAAGAGCACGGAGGGAUUAAUAGCUGAGAAGGAGGAUUUUCUCAGUGAUGUGAGACUCAACAGGAAGCCUGUGAAGGUCUGUUGGAGUUGAGGUAGGACGAUUUAAUAUGAGUGAUGUAAGAUCAUCGCACUGUAGCCUGUCCAGGGCAAACAGAAUAGAACACCAUUGCACUAAUCCAGGCAGGAGAUGAGGAAGGCAUGGAUGAGGGUCUAAUAAGUACAAUUUAACAUUCACAAACUGCUUUAUGGAGCCAUUCUGCUUCAUGCACACCUGAUCCCGUCAGAUCUCAGAAGUGAAGCAGAGUAACUCUUGAUAAGUACUUGGCUGAAAGACCACUUGAGAAAACCAGGGGCUUUGUGUGUUUUUUCAUCUAAAACUGAAGUUGUUUCAGAAAGGGCACUCGGUGUAAAACAUCUGCCAAAAAACGGGAGCAGCCAAAGGGUUUUACUUGAUUUAUUUUGUUGUGGAUCUAUAAAUAGUUGCAGCAGUGCACUGGGUCCAAACUGCCUAGUAUUUUAUUGGCUUUACUUUUGGUUGUAAUUUCAGAACAAAAACCACUGAAGUAAAUUUCCUUUUCUUCACCGUGCUGACCACUAUCUCAAUUUCAAAUUUAGUGAAAUUGUGCUGCUUCUGCACCAUUUAUCUCAUUGUAGCAUCGUUCUCUGAGGAAAUGUCCAGUUUUCAAGCACCAGGCAGAGGUUUCAUGAUUAUUUGAGGCUGUGUCUCCUUCCAUUCAUGGCUAAAGAUGGGAGUAGAAAGAAGGCCUGUGCAUGUGCAUGCAAUUUUGCAAUGUCUACAAAGGAGAACUGUGCAUAUGCAGAGAACAAAAAUAAUGCACAGGCAAACUCUUGCCUUUGUGUCAACUGUGCCUUGAUUAUACAUAGAGUCUGAUAAAGGAGGCUCCUGGACUCUGAGAAUGUGCAGUUUGAAAUACAACCCUUCCUCCUGCUCCCAUCAGCCUCAGAAUCAGGUUACAUACUGUCUGCAUGUGAACAAUCAUCUAUGCUUCUCUACUUGUUAGUCUUCAUGGCGUAUCACAGCAGCAGAUGGAUACCGAGGCAUCAGAGAUUAAAGUUUCAAAUAGUAAACGCAGUGUUCACGGCACUCGUUCUGGUGCCUCAGCUCUUCGUCAUGAGAAGGCCAAGCUCCUCAAGAUACUGUAAGCAGCCUCUUCUGAACAACUUAUCAGCCUUCACCGCCUUGUCCUUCAUUGCUUCAGGUUAUUCAGUAACAUUCACGCUGAUCGAUCCAGUUCCUCAGAGCUUGUGGGCCUCCUUCCAUGUCUUUGGACUGUUAUCAUUUGGCCAAGGACUAUGUACUGUGAUCCUGACCCUGACUGCAGCAGCAUGUGCCAAAACCACCCCUGAACUGUACUACAUGUCUCUGAUCCUAACAGUGGCUUCUCUUCUCAGCACAGGUUUGUUUGUGGGGAAAGGAGGAGUCUGGCUGACAAACAAACUGAACGUAUUUGACCAGAGCAGAAACAACGAGCCAUAAAACAGUCCAGCUGUCCCACUUUGACAUCUACUCCACAUAGUAUUAAGAUUUCAUGUGGUUUCCAAGCCACCCAGCAGCUGCUACGUAACUUGAAACCCCUGGAAUACAAAGGAGAAAGUGAUGAAAACACUCAGAUGUUCUGAAGAUUGCUUCAAAGUAGUACUAUAAAGCACUUAUAUGUC